AUGAUAAAUAUAUUAUAUAAUUUGUUCUUAUUAUUGGUAAAUUAUUAAGCUAAUUGUUAAGAAUCAUAUUAUAACUAAUAAUAGAUUGGAGGCAAUAAAUAGGGUUUAUAAUCUCCAUAAAAUGUGUUUUUAUAAGAUGAAUAAUUCAGAUAUUUCACAACGAUCAAUUUAAUCACUAGUUUUAAUGGUAAUGAAUAAUAAGGAAAAUAUAAAGUAGCAGUUGAAAUUGAUUUACCUUUUAUUUUUAUUACAGAAUUAAACAACUCUCUACACUUUACUAAAUUAAUACCUACUGAUGAUCAAAUUGAAUUAAUCAUUUAAUAUAUAAAACCUAAAUUUAAAGAAAUAGAAGACUGUUGGGGGAACAUAUUUUAUGUAUUAAAUAGUAGUUUAUGGAUAAAUGAAUAUAUUGGCAUGGAUGUUAGUUUUUUUUAUUAUACAGGAUAUGGUGCAAUUGAUUUUAGAGAGUCAACAUAAUUAGAUGGAUAUAUUGGAUUAGGAAAGUACCCUUAACCUGAAAAAGGAAAUUUCAAUUAUAUUAUGAAUCUAAGUUAUUAACAUCGAAUUAGUCACCCAUCUUAUUCUUUGUAUUUUGGGAAUCAAGAAGGUUAUAUUGAUUCUGUUGUAACUUUAGGAACUUAUUAAAAUGAAUUUAAAUAAAAUGGAACAGAAUUUUAAUAGAUAAAGGCCAUUCCUGGAUGCAAUUAAACAUGGUGUUUUAGAGUCAAUUAAAUUUCACUUUAUAAAAAUAACACAAAAAUAUAUAAUUCAAGGAGCAGUAAACCUUACACUUCUUUUAUCAGUUCAACUUAUUAAUUUAUUUAUAUGCCUAAAGAAAUAGCAGAUGCUAUUAAAUAUCACAUUGAAAAAACAAAUGAUAAUAUAGAAUGCGAUUUCAUAAAUUAUCCAAUAUAAAAUAGAAACAAUACAAUUUUAAUAUGUUCCACUAAAUUAUAAAUAUCCAUACCUUAAAACUUUCCUGUAAUAGAAUUUGCUAUAUAUUAACAUUCAUAACAGAUUCUUUUGACAUUCAAUCCCUAAUAGUAUAUCUAAAAAUGUCUUGAUGAUGUAGAAACAUAUGAAUUUAAAUGUUUAACAUAUUUUACUAUUUAUGAUAAAAAAAUAGAUUAAUAUAAACCUAAUUUUGAUAUUGUGUUUGGAUUACCUUUCCUAAGAGUUUACUACACAUAUUAUGAUUUAUAGAAUUCUACAAUAUGUAUGAUUUAAUAAUUUAUUAAGAGUUUUCGUAAGCAUAUUAAUUUGAGGACAUACCUUUAAUAUCUAGAUUUUGGUAUUAUAGUUUUUUGGCUUUAUUAAUAUGUUGGGCUCUUGUAAUGAUGAGUUGUGGCAUUUUCUUCAAAGAAUAAAUGGAUUAGAUGAUUGUAUUUGUUAUCAACAUAUUAAAAUAUAUAAGUGGAGAUUAAUAAGCAAGAUAACAAGUGUUACGAAAUUAUUUAGGGGAUGAUUGAAAUCUUAAAUAUUCC